UGUCUUUCAAUCUCCUUAGGACCUCCAGCCAGCUUGUUUCAGCCACCUCGUCGUCCUGGCCUUGGGACUGUUGGAAAACCAAUUCGACUGUUAGCCAAUCAUUUUCAGGUUCAGAUUCCUAAAAUAGAUGUAUAUCACUAUGAUGUGGAUAUUAAACCAGAAAAACGGCCUCGCAGAGUCAACAGGGAGGUAGUAGACACGAUGGUGCGGCACUUCAAGAUGCAGAUAUUUGGUGAUCGGCAGCCUGGCUAUGAUGGCAAAAGAAACAUGUACACAGCACAUCCCCUGCCAAUUGGACGAGAUCGGGUUGAUAUGGAGGUGACCUUGCCAGGUGAGGGUAAAGAUCAAACCUUUAAAGUGUCUGUUCAGUGGGUGUCUGUCGUAAGCCUUCAGUUGCUUUUAGAAGCUUUGGCUGGACACUUGAAUGAAGUCCCAGAUGACUCAGUACAAGCACUUGAUGUUAUCACAAGACACCUUCCCUCUAUGAGGUACACUCCAGUGGGCCGUUCCUUUUUCUCACCUCCUGAAGGUUACUACCACCCUCUAGGAGGGGGCAGGGAAGUUUGGUUUGGCUUCCAUCAGUCUGUGAGACCUGCUAUGUGGAAUAUGAUGCUCAAUAUUGAUGUAUCUGCAACUGCUUUCUACCGGGCUCAGCCUAUCAUUGAGUUCAUGUGUGAGGUUUUAGACAUUCAGAACAUCAAUGAACAGACCAAACCACUAACAGACUCCCAGCGUGUCAAGUUUACCAAAGAAAUCAGAGGUCUUAAAGUUGAGGUGACCCACUGUGGACAGAUGAAACGAAAAUAUCGCGUCUGUAAUGUGACUAGACGGCCAGCCAGUCAUCAAACAUUUCCUUUACAGCUAGAAAAUGGUCAAGCUAUGGAAUGUACAGUUGCUCAAUAUUUUAAGCAAAAGUACAGCCUGCAGCUGAAAUACCCACAUCUUCCCUGUCUCCAAGUAGGACAAGAACAAAAACAUACAUACUUGCCGCUUGAGGUCUGUAAUAUAGUGGCAGGACAGCGAUGUAUAAAGAAGCUCACAGACAAUCAGACGUCCACAAUGAUCAAAGCAACAGCAAGAUCUGCUCCUGACAGACAAGAAGAAAUCAGCAGACUGGUGAAGAGUAACAGCAUGGUGGGUGGACCUGAUCCAUACCUUAAAGAAUUUGGUAUUGUUGUCCACAAUGAAAUGACAGAGCUCACAGGCAGGGUGCUCCCAGCACCAAUGCUGCAAUAUGGAGGCCGGAAUAAAACAGUAGCCACACCGAACCAGGGUGUCUGGGACAUGCGAGGAAAGCAGUUUUAUGCUGGCAUUGAAAUUAAAGUGUGGGCAGUUGCUUGUUUUGCACCUCAGAAACAAUGUAGAGAAGAUUUACUGAAGAGUUUCACUGACCAGCUACGUAAAAUCUCAAAGGAUGCAGGAAUGCCCAUCCAGGGUCAACCGUGUUUCUGCAAGUAUGCACAAGGUGCAGACAGCGUUGAGCCCAUGUUUAAGCAUCUGAAAAUGACAUAUGUGGGCCUGCAGCUAAUAGUAGUUAUCUUGCCUGGGAAGACACCAGUAUAUGCGGAGGUGAAACGUGUUGGAGAUACCCUGCUGGGCAUGGCCACACAGUGUGUCCAAGUGAAAAAUGUAGUGAAGACCUCACCUCAAACCCUUUCCAAUCUUUGCCUGAAGAUAAAUGCAAAGCUUGGAGGAAUUAACAAUGUGCUUGUACCUCAUCAAAGGCCCUCGGUCUUCCAGCAGCCAGUCAUCUUCCUGGGAGCGGAUGUAACGCAUCCCCCUGCAGGGGAUGGGAAGAAGCCAUCCAUUGCUGCUGUCGUUGGCAGUAUGGAUGGCCACCCCAGCCGGUACUGCGCCACCGUUCGAGUGCAGACUUCCCGUCAGGAGAUCUCCCAGGAGCUCCUCUAUAGCCAGGAGGUAAUCCAGGACCUUACUAACAUGGUUCGAGAGCUGCUGAUCCAGUUCUACAAAUCUACCCGCUUCAAACCCACUCGGAUCAUCUAUUACCGUGGAGGGGUAUCUGAGGGACAAAUGAAACAGGUAGCUUGGCCAGAACUAAUAGCAAUUCGAAAGGCAUGUAUUAGCUUGGAAGAAGAUUACCGGCCAGGAAUAACCUAUAUUGUGGUGCAGAAAAGACAUCACACACGACUCUUCUGUGCAGAUAAAACAGAAAGGGUGGGAAAAAGUGGGAAUGUACCAGCAGGCACUACAGUGGAUAGUACCAUCACACAUCCAUCAGAGUUUGACUUUUACCUCUGCAGUCAUGCAGGAAUUCAGGGAACCAGCCGUCCUUCACAUUACCAGGUCUUGUGGGAUGACAACUGCUUUACCGCAGAUGAACUCCAGCUACUGACUUACCAGCUAUGUCACACCUAUGUACGGUGCACACGCUCAGUCUCUAUUCCCGCCCCUGCAUACUAUGCCCGGCUUGUAGCAUUUAGGGCAAGGUAUCAUCUGGUGGAUAAAGAUCAUGACAGUGCGGAAGGCAGUCAUGUGUCAGGACAGAGCAACGGCCGAGACCCUCAGGCCUUGGCUAAGGCUGUACAGAUCCACCACGAUACCCAGCAUACAAUGUAUUUUGCCUGA